UUUGUUUUUGUUUUUUUUUUUGUUUUGUUUUUUUUUUUUUGAUACUUUCUGGAGGAUUCAAAGCAAAACAAAGAAACUGCCUCCUCCUGGGCUGUCAGUGAAAAGGGGCGAGUUGUACAACUGGCUUGCGCUUUGCCAAGGAAAGGGGGUGGGGAAAUCAGAAGAAGACCUUUCUGCAUCUAAGAUGGUAAAGAAAGGAGGGAGGAAGAGAACGAAAUAACCACGGGGAAGCCUCAGACCAGGUUGGGGAGGGGGGGUGAGAGUAAAAGGAAAGAGGAUUAACCACCACCACCACACAAAAACCCCACCAACUUUCUUCUGUGAGGGAGGACUCGAAGGAUUAAAAAGGCAGCAACUUCUGAGGCGAUUUGUCCCGAGUUAUGGAUGUUGGUGCCCUCGCUUCAGGCCAGAUCAGAGCUCAGAGGGCUCUAACCAGAAGCCGCAGCCACCAGCUCUCCAUUUGCCUUUUACCAGGUUUUACCCUUCCAGUAUGUUUCUUCUGAUGAGACAUUUUCCAGCGCCCAGUGUUUCAGUACAAUGUGCAAAUGGAUACUGACAAAUGGUGCCUCAGCCUUUUCCCACCUGCCUUGCUGCGGGUGCUGCUGCCUCUUCCUGCUGCUCUUCUUGGUGUCUUCUGGGUCUGUCAUCUGCCAGGACAUGCGGUCUCCGGUGGCCACCAACGCGUCUUCUUCGUCCUCCUCCUCCUCUUCAUCCUUCUCCUCUCCUGCCGGUGCGGGGAGGCACGUGCGGAGCUACAAUCACCUCCAGGGAGAUGUGCGCUGGAGGAAGCUCUACUCUUACAACAAGUACUUUCUCAAGAUUGAGAAGAACGGCAAGGUCAGCGGGACCAAGAAGGAGAACUGCCCGUACAGUAUAUUGGAGAUAACAUCUGUGGAAAUUGGAGUUGUGGCUGUUAAAUCGAUUAACAGCAACUAUUAUUUAGCCAUGAACAAGAAAGGAAAAGUCUAUGGCUCUAAAGAAUUUAACAGCGAUUGUAAACUGAAGGAAAGAAUAGAAGAAAAUGGAUACAACACAUACGCAUCCUUAAAUUGGAAGCACAAUGGAAGACAAAUGUUUGUGGCCUUGAAUGGAAGAGGAGCUACAAAGAGAGGACAGAAAACAAGGAGGAAAAACACCUCAGCUCACUUCCUUCCAAUGGUAGUAAUGUCAUAGAUGAAGGAACUGUUUUAUUGAUGCAGUUGAACCAAAGGCUCUUUUGUCAAGUAUACUUGGUAAUCCUCUUGAAGAGUAAAGGCAAAGAAACAGUGCAGACGUCUGCCUGUUUGAAAAAGGGGGGGAAGCCUUUGAAGGUUUUGUGCUCAUUGCUGGCACAUGAAGGACUUUUAAUUAGUUCUGUGUCAUAUCUUAUAAUCAAGAUACAAGCUGGAUCAAAUGGGAUGGGAACUAUUCCCAGUGUGAAUAAUGUUUUUUUAUCUCUGUGAUAGAACUUGCAGGACGUGAGACAAUCUGUUGAAUGAUCUUUGGGAAAAGUUAUUUAUGGAAUACUAACUCAUAUCAAAGACCUUCAUUGCUCAUUCAAGCCUAAUGAUCCAAUGAACAGUUAAACACGCAAGCAUUUACUGGAAGCACUUGGGUCAUAUGCACAAAUAAAGAAGUUUCUGGAGUGGCCUCAUGGAAGAAUGGAUAGGAUUAAGAAAUAUAAGCAUAUUAGAGUUAAACUAUUCUAACAAAAUAAAUAGUAUGGUUUGCCCAUGUAUUCUAACUUCAUUCCUUUUUAUUUUUCUCUAAGUUAUUUAUUUAAUAGGAUGUUAAAUAUCUUUUUUUGGUUUUAAAUGAUUUCCUCGGUUGCUUCCUUAUUUUUCCCCCUUUUUUCAGCUUUUCUUGUAGGGGUUGAUAUAGUAAACUUUCAAAACCUUACUGACUGCCUGAGAAUAGGAAACUGACAAGUCUUUAAGGUAAAGUCAGCAUUGCAGUGAAUAUGUCCAAUCUGUUUUCUUCUAAACUGUUUUGCACUUAAGCAAAAGGACCUGAAGCAGUGCUCAGAUUUAUCACACACAUUGGAUGUGUUUAUGUUUGUGAAUCCUACCUGCCAUCACUCAAAAACAAACUUCAAGGAAUACAUUGUCAGGAGGGUUUUGUUGCUUGUAUGAAAUGGAUGGAGAGGGCCAAAUCUGUACUCAGGUGCACUCGUGUUUGGCAUGUGUAUGUAAUUCAGAUCCCAUUGAUUUGUAUUUGGGAUUAAUGUAAAGUCUUACUUAGGGGUCUGAUCCAAAAUUCAUUGCAGUUAAUGGGAAUCUUUUCAUUGCCUUUAGUGAUCUUUGGAAACAUCCCUAAAUGCGGCUUAAGUCCAUUGAUUUUAAUGAGAUUGCAAUGUUGCAUGCAUUUAAAUACAAGCAGAAUUAUCCUGUGGAAUUGGAAGCACCUGACAGCAACAUUUGGCUCCCGAAAAGUGAGUCCAAAAAGAGCACACUCCUGCAGUCUUUAUUCAGUUAACCUGCAUAAUUCAACCAAAUUGUCCUCAUUAACAGCUUGAAGAGUCUCAGACAUAUAUUGAGAGUAUUUCCUGAAUAAACAUCAUAGGAUAUUCAUGAUCAUGCAUUUAUCAGAGACUACUUUCACAUGCAUAUAAUAUUAUGAGAGCCAGCUUAAAAACAGCAUCCGUAUCUCAAGUUAGAAUAUCUUUCAUAUCCAUUACAAUAAAUGAAUGCUCAAAAAACACAUCAGGCACUUUUUAUGUAAUGUUACUAUUCCCAUGGCUUAAUUUGAGCAAAUGAGUUUAAGCCUAUUAUGAAGUCUGGUCAUCCUAAAAGAAUAUAAGGUUUGUUUUUUGCUUUACUUAUUUCUGUAAAUGUAGAGAGCUAUGGAUAGCUCAUCAAUAUAACCGUACUGAGAUUCAUUUUGUUAGAGCAGAUGAAUAGAAAACAGUACAUCAGCCAACAUGUACCACUGUCUUCACAUUGUAUUCCACUAAAUAAAUGCAUAAACUUCUCUGCAGUGUCUGUAGUGAGAAAAAAAAAGUAGUAUAAUAUUUUUUCUGAAUACUUUAAGUGAUAACUAUGAGAUUAUAUUGAUGUGCAGUUCUAUCUUCAGUAUUGUUGGGAAAAAGUUGGUUUUAUUUUUAUUGUUUGGAAACUGUAUUUUGAUACAAAGGAGAGUCUUGAUAAAUGUGUCUUUUUUUAAAAAAAAACACUAAAGUUUUACCUGUAGAAAGGCUGGUGUUCUUGUGAUCGUCUAUAACUUAUUUGAGUCAAUGCUUAACCAGCACUUCCAAUGUUAAUCGUUAUUUAAGUAUUAGCUGUGUAUUAAAAAAAAAAAGCAGUAGCAGCAGCUUUCCCAUAACAUGUAAAACAAAGAACAGUCAGAUUGUAUUUCCUGUUCCUCCAAAAAAGUUGGCUGUUUUAUAACAAAAAAGUGCAUUUCAGGCACAAUAUUUUGGCUUGUAGCUAACAUUGCAUUUCAUGGUAUUUGGUUUCCAACCUAUUUGUUGAUGAAUGAGAUUUUUAAAAAAAUCUACCUACAGUAGAAUUUCAGAUGUUAAAAUUAAAUUUGUAAUUGAGACUGAAAAGCAAAACUUGUCAUAUUAAGAGGGAGGUUUUCUUGUUUAAAUUUUUAAAGUAAUAAUUGCAUAUGACAAUGUAUAAUGGACCACCCACAACAAAAAUUAAAUGUGUGGUUGAGAAAAUAUAGUAUUGGAUAACCACUUUAACAACAUCUAUGGUACAAACUAGGUUCUCAUUUCACAGAACCAUUUACAUGACUUAGGGGAGUGUAUAUGUAAACGUUCAUAAUUACAGGAUUUCAAAACACUAAAACAGCUUCUAGCAAAACAUGUCGCUGCUCACAGAGGCCAAGAAUAGAAAAUAUCACUUUUCUGAAAUGAGAAGAGGUGGGGACAGGAGCCAUUCUGUGGAACGAAUGGUUGGUUCCUGAUGGUUAACAAAAAUAAAACAUUCUUGAAGGAAAAUGAUGGCCUGCACUAUAGGCAUGCUCUGGUAUUUAGUGUGGUAGAAUUGUGCUGCAGACAGUCUUCCCAGAGUAUUAGAGUUCCUUUUACCAUAAGAGGAGACUCCUGAUCAAGUUGAAGAGGGUGGGUUUUUUGUUUUUGUUUUUUUUAAAGGCUGAUCAACAAUGUACAGUAUGUUAUAUUUAAAUAAAAAAUAAUAAAAU